AUGCUUCCCCCAGUGGAUGAACAAGUCCUGCGAGAAAACCCCGAAUUUGCGAAGCUAUAUUCGAUACUGAAAAAUGACAUCCUCAACCCGGACGGAUCUACCAAGAAUGACCCUGACGCCAACGAGCGUAAAGCCGUUAGCCAGGAAUUGAAUAAAAUACGUCGCCGUUGCGCUAAGCAAUACCUACUGCAGCAAGCUAUCGCGUCUGCAUCGCCUCCAGAUGACAGCAUAUCAGCAGACAAAGCAGCAGAAACCAGAGUCGAAACGCCGCCCCUGGCAGAGCCGUCUACUCUGCUUACAGACCUUCUCCUUAUUCUGCCAUCGCUUGUAGACAGCGACGAGCUUGUCGAUAGUGAUGCUGCAGCGUUGGUCCUUUCGAGUCCACCAUUCUCAGAAUUCGAGUCUCUACUGCCUCAACUCGGUGCUAUUAUUUCCGCCAAUCUUCAUGCCUCGGCACUAGGCCUGGUACGGAUUACGCAUCCACACAAAAACCCAUCUUACCUCCACCGCCAUAUCCCUUUUCUUGCGGCCGAUCAUGCGGCACUUCGGGACAAGCUGUCCGAGGCGCAGCUCAGCCUCAUGUCUAACAGGGUACAGGCAUUGGCCUCGUUGACAGAGCUCAUCAGCUCCUGCACGCAAUUUCUCACAAUAGCCAUUCAGACGUUAGAGUCGAAACACGGAGUCGCCGCCAGAAGCCUUGAGCUGCGGGCCCUCGACGUAUCCCUGGAAGCACAGAGCAUGGAACUUGACGCAACAGCAGAGUCUACCAAGCUUAGCAAAGAAAUUUACUCACCCGAAGCCGUCACGGCGCUGAGACACUAUUUAUCUCACCUAAAAGACGCCCAAGUUCGCGCGGCCGAGCGAGUUCGCGGCUUGCAGGCGGAACUGGGAGAGUAUGGCGUUGGAGUGAGCAAAGAUGGGUCCAAGGAGAAGACAAUGAAGGAAUUGGCAAGAGAAUAUCGUGAGAUGCAAAUACAAGUGGAGGACGUAAAGAGAGACCUCGAAAGACUAAACAAUGAGUCAAAAUGA